ACAGGAGUCAGCACAGGUUAUUGUUGCUGGAGUUAACAGUUAGUACAGGAUUACAGGUUAUUGUUGCUGGAGUUAACAGUGAGGACCGGAUUACAGAUAUAUGUUAGGUUGAGCCAUCAUAUCCCACCAGCCCAUGUGGCUCAACUGAUCAACUGAUUGACUGGUUGCAGACAGAUAGAUGAAUCCACCUCAAACGAACCAAGAUGGACCCCAGUCUGGAUCUGAACCCCAGUUGACAUGCUCUAGUCAUGUGUCCCUCUCUCAGCGGUGAUGUAAGACAGCCAUUAUCAAGUCUGUUUGGUCUUCCUAACUGAUCGCGAUCCUUUCUGAGCUUUGGACUAGCUGAUUAGCUGAGACCGUUCUAAGGAGGAAGGAGGAACUACUUUGGAUGUAUUAAAUGAGUUGAUUCUGGCUAUUCUGAGGAGAAACUCCUUUUCCCAUGGCCACUAGGGCUUGACUCUGGCUAUUCUGAAGAGGAACUACUUUUCCCAGGAGCACUAGGGCUUGACUCUGGCUGUAUGUCACCAAAGGAUGGAUGAGACCCCAGACAUCAGUAGUGACUCAGACAGGGAGUGCUGCCCAGGCUCCUGCUGUGGUGACCCCACCCUCACCACACUGACCCUGCCCACCCUCACCCCCCUACCCACCAUCGGUCCUCCCUCGGACCACCACACUCCCCUCUCCUCCGUUCACGGAACCCCCAGAGAAAAUCGAGGAGGAUGUUCUGGAGGAGUUAAACUACGCAUCAAAAACAGACGCAGCGAGCCUGUCUCCAGACCUCACUCGUGGCACGCCACCAAGCUAGGCGAGGGCCAGCCAGACCCCAGCAUGAUGCAAAUAUCCCAGGACCCUCCUUGGCAUCACACCUACCCCUCCAGUGCGUCUACUACAGACCUGUCGGGCUACGACCCAGGUUACCUGAGGAAGAGUCCGGACCAGUACAGUUCUAGAGGAAGUAUGGAGAGCCUUGGGGAACACCACGGCCACCCAGCCUACAGCUCUUCCUGCCACCAGCUGUCUGCCUCCAAGUCCUCCAACAGCAUGGACCACCUUCACAGCAAGAGAGACUCAGCCUACUCCUCCUUCUCCACCAGCUCUAGUAUCCCAGAGUACCUUGCGGCCGCUCCGACCUUUGGUAAAGAGAGAUCGUACUCCAUGGAGACGGUUCCGCAGAGGGGUGGGAUUAGUGGAGGGGGCGGGGCCGGGGCAGAGGGAAUGCAGCAAGCUGACAUCCGAUAUGUCCAUACGGUCUACGACCCCCAGCAGGGCGGUGCUCAGGAGCACGAGGUUAGCUCCGCCUCUGCUGCGUUGCUACGCAGCCACGAGACUGGCAGGGCGGGGUCUUGUAGUGUGGGCGGGGCCGCCUGUUACCGCGCCACCAGUAGCAGUAGUAACAGCAGUGGCGGAAGUAGCGGUGGUGGUAACCAUGGUAAUAACCCCAACCGUCACAGUGUUGGGCCCAUUUGGGGUCAGAGCGCCAGCCGCAGUUCCUACGAGAGCCUGAAGGGGGCGCCGGCUCCUCCCAUGCGGAGCGACAGCUACGCGGCUAUCAGGAACCAUGAGAGACCAAAUUCGUGGUCCAGCCUGGAUCAGGCUCGCUCCCUCAGGGCUCUCCACAAGGGGUCCACCUCCUCCUGGUACCACUCCUCUGGCUCCGUGGCCUCCGGCUCGGGGAAGGGCUCCUACGGGGCCGAGGGCCAGCUCCACACCGUCAUAGAGAAGAGUCCUGAGAGCAGCCCUACCACCAAGCCCAAACAGGGCGUGGGUCAGGGCUUCCCACCGCCCCCCGAGCCCCAGCAAACAUCCACCCAGUCUGGCUGCCUCAUGCUGCCCCAGGGCAUCUACCCUGUACCCCCACCGGAGCCCCACUAUGCCCAGAUGCCCACCAGCAGCCCCAACCCCAGCAGCAUGUACCCAGCCCUGGCCAGGGAGAGCAGUCUGAGCAGACAGAGAGAGCUCCAGGGGUUAAGGCUGGGGGUCAGUGUGGAUACAGGGAUGGCGGUAGUGGUGGAGAAUGGAUACCAAAGCAACCCCUCUAUAUCCUCCUAUGUCACUUCCUCUGGCCAGCCUCAGCAUCCUGACUUUGCUCAGCCUCCACCCAAACAGCCAGCUCAUCCAACCCAACCCGCAGACAGAGUGGGGGGAAAGUCAGGGUACGAGGAGACCCAAACUAAACUGGGUCUCUACAGGUCUCAUCUGAAGGGAGAGGGACAGACCGUAUCCCAAAGGCAGAGCCAGAGGAGCCAAGGACAGGGUCAGAGCCAGGGUCAGGAUCAGGGUCAGAGCCAGGGUCAGGAUCAGGGACAGGGUCAGAGCCAGGGUCAGGAUCAGGGACAGGGUCAGGAUCAGGGACAGUGUCAGGGUCAGAGCCAGGGUCAGAGCCAGGGUCAAGGACAGUGUCAGAGCCAGGGACAGGGUCAGAGCCAAGGACAGUGUCAGAGCCAAGGCCAGGGACAGGGUCAGAGCCAAGGACAGGGUCAGAGCCAGGGACAGGGUCAGAGCCAAGGCCAGGGACAGGGUCAGAGCCAAAGUCAGGGUCAGAGCCAAGGUCAGGGUCAGAGCCAAGGCCAGGGUCAGAGCCAGGGUCAGAGCCAAGGCCAGGGACUGGGUCAGAGCCAAGGCCAGGGUCAGGCAUCCAGACUCUCCUCAGUCCAGUCUAUAGGCCAGUCUAUAGGCCAGUCUAUAGGCCAGGAGAGAAGGGACCCAUACACUCCAGUCCAACCACGGGGAGAGAGGCUACCCAAGUACUCCCAGGGCUCAGAGAGCUGCCCUGAGCACCAUCGACAGGGCCAGAUCAGGGAGGAAGGGCAGGUCAGACACACAGAGCCCAGUCACCACACUAGUCACCCAGUGGCAGGCACCACCAUGCCCAGUAAGAUCGCACAGGGACAUGUUCCCCAGGGGAGCAACAGCACUAGUACCCCAGCACAGGUGUCUGACCAGCGGGUAGAGCAGAGGGCACAGGGGCCUGACCAGCAGGUAGAGCAGAGGGCACAGGUGUCUGACCAGCGGGUAGAGCAGAGGGCACAGGUGUCUGACCAGCGGGUAGAGCAGAGGGCACAGGGGCCUGACCAGCAGGUAGAGCGGAGGGCCCAGGGGCCUGACCAGCGGGUAGAGCGGAGGGCACAGGUGUCUGACCAGCGGGUAGAGCAGAGGGCCCAGGGGCCUGACCAGCAGGUAGAGCGGAGGGCCCAGGGGCCUGACCAGCGGGUAGAGCGGAGGGCACAGGUGUCUGACCAGCGGGUAGAGCAGAGGGCCCAGGGGCCUGACCAGCAGGUAGAGCGGAGGGCCCAGGGGCCUGACCAGCAGGUAGAGCGGAGGGCCCAGGGGCCUGACCAGCAGGUAGAGCGGAGGGCCCAGGGGCCUGACCAGCAGGUAGAGCAGAGGGCACAGGUGUCUGACCAGCGGGUAGAGCAGAGGGCCCAGGGGCCUGACCAGCAGGUAGAGCGGAGGGCCCAGGGGCCUGACCAGCAGGUAGAGCGGAGGGCCCAGGGGCCUGACCAGCAGGUAGAGCAGAGGGCCCAGGGGCCUGACCAGCAGGUAGAGCAGAGGGCACAGGUGUCUAACCAGCGGGUAGAGCAGAGGGCCCAAGGGCCAGACCAACAGGUAGAGCAGAGGGCCCAGGUGUCUGACCAGUGGGUAGAGCAGAGGGCCCAGGGGCCAGACCUUCAGGUCAAUGACCAUAGAUCCAGGUCCCCCCUUUGGUACUACAGCGAUCCAAUUCCCCCCCAACCGCAGAGGGACCAGAGGGGACCAGAGCACCCCCUGACCCAGCUGCAGAACGUCCUAGCAGAUGUCCAGCGUUGUGACAGUCCAGAGAGCUCCGGCAACAGCCAGAGUAGUCACCAGAGGAGCCUCUCUGUUCUGGAGAAAGUGAACCGCUUCGAGGGCCGCGAGCAGAGCCAUGGGCAGGGGAAGCAGAGGAGUAAAAGCACCAGCGCCAACCACACCAAUCCGAGGCCCUCCUCCUCCCGUCCAACCCAGCCCCAGUCUCAGCCCCAGUCUCAGCCCCAGCACCAUGAGAGGGCUGGUAUGGAUGACCUGCGUAGCACGCUGGAGAGAACUAGCAGCCCCAGCAGCACCUGCAGAACACUGAGCUCCUCCUCUAGCUCACAUCAUUGGAAAACAACGGUGGCCCACGAGGGUCAUCAUUACGCAGAGCAGCAGAGGCCAGGGAGUUGUGACCAGACCCAGAGCUCCAGGUACCCCCAUCACCACCACCCUAAUCCCCAGGACCCUCACCCUGGCUCGGCCCUGCAGAGGAGCAGGAGCACCUUCCAACUGGGGAGCCAGGAGGGCCACGACAGAGACAGGGAUGGGGACAGAGAGUUCCAUUGGAGGGAUGACCUGCAGGACCUACUGGGGACCAUCCAGGACACGUCCUUUAAUCGGGCCUACAGGAACAGUAUCAAGGACGCCCAGUCCAAGGUGCUCAGAUCCACCUCCUUCAGACGCAGGGAUCUGGGAAUCAGCGCCAACGGGAGUGAUAACAACCACUCCCCUCCCAUCCCCGCCAAGAGGAAGGCACCUAAGACCAGCCCCAAACCCUCCAUUGUCUCCACUACUGUCCAAGCCUCCACCCGAGCCCUUGCCCUAGCUACCAACACUCACACCCCCAAAGAAAGGCUUACGGUCACUGUCCCAGACCCAGUCCCAAUCCCAGCCCCAACCACCUUUCACUCGCCUCACACCCCCAAAGAGAGGCUUACGGUCACUGUCCCAGACCCAAUCCCAGCCCCAGCCACCUUUCCCUCACCUCACACCCCCAAAGAGAGGCACGUUGUCACCCCAGAGCCCGAUAGGUUCGGUCCUCCAGAGCUCCUCAGCGUCCUGGCCAUGGGCCCACCAGUCCCGGCCCGUAUCGGUGGGCGUAAGCGACUCACCAUGGAGAAGAAGAAGAGGUCCUACUCCGAGCCUGAGAACAUGCAUGAGGUGGGGUUGGAGUCUGACCCAAGGAGGACUAGCCAGCACCAGCUGUUUCUUUUACCAGGUACAGAGACCAGCGUGGCGGACCGCAGGAGGAUGUUUGAGAUGGCUGCCAGUCGCAGCCUGAGCUCCAGCUCCCAGGCUCCCCAGCGCCUCCAGGGCUCCCAGGCUCCCCAGGGCCUCCAGGGCUCCCAGGCUAGUCUAGCCGUGUCCCGGCCGGAGCUCCGGCAGCUGCAGCAGGACGCCCUGGCCGACUACAUGGAGAGGAAGAGAAGCUGGAGGACAGACAGGGAUAGGGACAGGUCAGAGGGAGGGCGUGCCCACCGUGACCGCCCUCACAGCGCCUACCUGCAGCCCUUUACAGACACCCGGAGUGUUUCUUCAACCUCCACCACCAGCCUAGCCUCUCUUCAGGAGCCUCUUGGUCAAGACAGCAGUCUCUCUGGUGGGGGAAGGCUCUGCUCCACCCUGCCUCCUGGCCUCCAGGGCUUCUAUCCAGGCAGGGUCACUGCACCACGCAUCCAGGCCAAGGCCCCAGCCUCAAUCUCCACCACCCACCCAGACACCUCGGGAUUCCACAGGCUACUAGAGGGAGAGCUGCCCAGAUCCAGCCUUGGUAGAGAAGAACCAGCCCAGGACUAUGAGGCACUCCAGAGCCAGGAGUUUUUCCUGCGAGGCGAUGGAGCCUUUGAGAGGGCAGUUCCAGCCCGGAACUCUGGCAAGUCAGCCUCUGCGGAGGACCUGCUGGAGCGCUCUGAGAGGCCUGCACCCCAGCACUUCAGAUCUCGCUCCUCGCCCUCUGGCGAGAGGCUAAAUCGGGACUUCAUGGCAGGAGGAGAUCUGAGGAUGUAUGGGAUAUUCUCUACCGAGCCCAGGCUUUUCACAAACAACGACAACAACAGGUCCAUGGACAACCAGCAUCCUGACAGACCGAUGUCUGCCUCCCAGUCCAUGUCCCAGUCCCAGUGUGCAGACACCCACUUACUACUGACCCAAAGCCCGUUCCAAAGCAACACCCCUGUGAUGAGGAGAGAUAGACUGAAGAACCCCGACCGCCAGCGGGCCCUUAGUGCCUCCAGCCUGGCUGCAUCUGUAGGUCUACCCUGCCCCUUCUCCCCCCCAGGCACCAGCCCUACUAUCAGCUUGGACUGGCAGGCCAAUGAGAGGUUGAGCCAGGCCAACCUGGAUGCCAUAGCCUUCCCAACCCUGCUGCAGACCGCCACACUCGGGACCAUGUCCCCAGAGGCCCAGGUUCACCCAGAGGUCAGAAGAAGCCCCACAGAACAUCUACAGCAGGCCAUGGCCCAGGGCCAGAACCAGGGCUCCUUAGACACCAGCACCUCAGAGGAGGAGACCCUGAAAGACUUCCCCAGACAGAAAGAGGGGCCCUGCCCUCAAGCUUCAGCCGUUACACCAAAGACCAACCCACCCCUCGUCCUACCCAAAGCCUCCCCACCACCACCCCCAUUUAAAACCUCUCACAGACCACACACCCUGCUCUCCCUCCGCAUCUCAGAGUCCACUCUGCAAGAGACCUCACCCCUACAAGUAGCUCCACACCUAGCCCCUCCCACAGUCUCACUACAGGACUAUGACGAGGUAUUCCUCCAGGAACCGGCCCCUCCCUCCCCUAUUCCUCCCCCGCUGCCAAUCAGGGAAACGGACAUCACAGAGUACUUCCCUCCGCCGCCUCCCCCUCUCCUGCCCCCCUCCUCACUCCCAGACAGAGAGGAGGAGGAGAAUCAUCAUGGACCUGGGCUACAGCACCUCAACAGCUGUGAGUUCCCAUUUCUCCCCCCCUCCUACCGUCAGACAGUCCCCCCCUCUAUCCCCCUGUCUGUCUCUCCGAGGCCAAGCCUUACCCCUGAGCCCCAGCCUGAGACCCCCACCACCCUCAGCAGCAGUUUCCCAGAGCCCCAGCAGGGGCCUAGCGGUGAGGAAAGCCUGGGGCAAGAGUACCAUCUCCCGGCCAGGAGGGAGAGGUCUGCUGGGGAGCUGAGGGUGGAGGCCCUGGCCAGACAGCUGGUGUCCCGGGGGGAUAAGAGCCUGACCCCGAUGCUGGACAGCUGGGCAGAGGGCGGACGGACCAUGGACCUAAUGGAGGAGAUCUUCCCUGCGGGGCGAGAGAGGUUGCCGUGGCAACGCCGCAGGACCAGCACCUGUCUGGAGGACAGAAGUCAAGAUGAUGUCUGUUCUAUAGGACCCAAUCUGCUGCAGAGAACAGAGGGAGGAGGAGGAGCAGGAGGAGGAGGCGAGGUGGACACAGAUCUGGAUGAGGAUGAGACAGACUUCAAUCAGAAGAAGGUGGAGCUACUCCAGGCUCUGACUCUGAGCGUUACCUCCUUGAGAGAGGAGAAGGAGGUUCUGGCGGAGGAGCAGAGGAGGUUCCGGGCCCUAGGGGGCCACAUGGAGAGCCUGGUUCAGGAGCGCUGUAAGCCCAACGAGAGGGAGAAGUACAAGAUGCUCAUCGGGGACAUGGAUAAGAUAGUCAACCUUCUGCUGUCUCUGUGUGGCCGGCUGGCCCGGGUCGAUAACGCUCUCUCUGCCCUGGACAGAGAGGAGGAGACAGAGGACAGCCAAGAGGAAAGGGAGUCCUUACAGCAGAAGCGCAGGCAGCUGUGUAGUCAGCACGAGGAUGCCAGGGAGCUGAAGGAGAAUCUGGACCGGCGGGAGCGUGUGGUACUGGACAUCCUGGGUGGGUACCUGACUGGGCCGCAGCUUAGAGACUACCAGCACUUCGUCUGUAUGAAACCAGCCCUGCUGAUCCGCCAGAGACACCUGGAUGAGCUCCUUAAGCAGUGGGAUGAACAGCUCAGCAGGCUGGCUGAGAGUAUCUCUCCAGGGGAUCAUCAGGCCCAGCCCCGCUCACCUAUCCCUGGGUUGAACCCCAGCCUCGGCUCUAACCUUAGAGCUCCCAGCCCUAACCUUAGAGCUCCCAGCCCUAACCUUAGAGCUCCCAGCCCUAACCUUAGAGCCCCCAGCCCUAACCUUGGUCCUACCCAAACAGUCCGCUCCACCACUGUGACAUCACUGUGACAUCACCCCAACAACAACACUGCUCCUGGUCACUCCUACAGUUGCUGUGUCUCUGUCUCUGGCGAGUAAGAUACAACAGUACAUGGUUGAAGAGAGAGAUACAGUUCAUCCAGUUCUGCUCUAUACGAAGCAGGAAGGAUGUCUGUCGGUCUGUCCCCUUGUUGCAGACAGACAGACAGACAGACAGACAGACAGAUAGACAGACAGGCAGGCAGGCAGGCAGGCAGACAGGCAGGCACAGACCGACAGACAGACAGACAGGCAGACAGACUGCAUUCAGACAGACAGACAGGCAGACAGACUGCAUUCAGACAGACAGACUGCAUUCAGACAGACAGACAGGCAGACAGACUGCAUUCAGACAGACAGGCAGACUGCAUUCAGACAGACAGACAGACUGCAUUCAGACAGACAGGCAGACUGCAUUCAGACAGACAGACAGACUGCAUUCAGACAGACAGGCAGACAGACUGCAUUCAGACAGACAGGCAGACAGACUGCAUUCAGACAGACAGGCAGACAGACUGCAUUCAGACAGACAGGCAGACUGCAUUCAGACAGACAGGCAGACAGACUGCAUUCAGACAGACAGACUGCAUUCAGACAGACAGACAGGCAGACAGACUGCAUUCAGACAGACAGGCAGACUGCAUUCAGACAGGCAGACAGACUGCGUUCAGACAGGCAGACUGCAUUCAGACAGGCAGACAGACUGCGUUCAGACAGACAGGCAGACAGACUGCAUUCAGACAGACAGGCAGACAGACUGCAUUCAGACAGACAGGCAGACAGACUGCAUUCAGACAGACAGACUGCAUUCAGACAGACUGCAUUCAUGAUCGAUGCAUUCUUGUGCCUCUAUUUAUGCUUCCUAUGUUACUCAAGCUUUUUCACAUAUCUGUAUUCUGACUGGCCACUCAGCAUGUCUUUGGUUGAUUCAAUACACUGUUGAGGUACCUAGUUGUAUUCAUACGAGUGGAUCAAAGCUUUGAGAGUAACGAUGGUGGAUGUACAACUUCCUGUCAAGAAAUGUUGUUCCCCAUAUAUUUAUAACAUUACUACUGCCUUUACGUUUGUAUAUCACUACAGCUGAGCACUUUUUUGGGGGGCAGUUUAACUACUGAUUGGUCAGAAUGGUCAGAAUCACAGAACUAGAAUGGCUUCUAUUUCUCAUUCUGUUCCUAUUGGUCAGGAGGAACCAGACCUGAAAUGUUCAAAUCAAAUCAAAUAGGUCUGUUUUCUUUACCAACAUAAUAGCACGCUCUCACACAUAUUAAUAUGUAGUCACAAUCUAAGGCAAUAUUAUGCUUCAAACACUUCUAAUUCAGACUCGAAAAUGAUAGUUUGUGAUAAAAGCUACCAUGACAUUGACAACAACUGCUAUAAUUAUUUAUAUUAUAAAAAAUAAAAAAAGGAAUGCAAGUGGCUGUACAUAUGGUGUCUGCUAACCUCUUAUGAUUUUUAAUAUGUAGAUGACAAACAAACAAAAAAACAUUUUAUAUUUUUUGGAAACUGAAAAAAAAUAUGUGAAAUUUAAAACAAAUGUGAUUUCUCUCAGAGAAGGCAAGAUGAUGUCAUGAUGAUGUAAUGUUCUAGAAUUUGUGAAUUCAACUAAACUUUUCACCAUGUCAUUGGAAUUAGGUUAAAAGUUGGGUGAAUAAAUAUCCUUUUGUUGAUUACUUUUUGCGAAUCUAAUCUGUUUUCUAUGUUGAUUCAACAUCAUCACAUUGAUUUGUUGGGUUGAAAUGACGAGGAAACAACCUUGAUUCAACCCGUUUUUGCCCAGUGGGAAGUGUGUGUGUGUGUGUGUGUGUGUGUGUGUGUGUAGUGUGUGUGUGUGUGUGUAGUGUGUGUGUGUGUGUGUGUGUGUGUAGUGUGUGUGUGUGUGUGUGUAGUGUAGUGUCAGCGUGAAUGUAGAGUCCUGUGACUCCUUGCUUGUUUUCCCUCCCAAAAUGUACUAUGCCAAUUGAUAUUGUUGUGUCCUUUUGAGAGAAAAAGCAUCUACAUAUUAUCCUAAUUUGAGUCAAAUAUACUGUAUCAGGCACAUAUUCAUGUUACCAUUUUCACCAAUAAUGGUGCCAUCCAUAUUUUUCUUCAUAGCUUUUCAGAAGCAUAACUGAAUUCUCAGAUUUGACAGAUUUUCCUAAUCAAAAUUCCAUGUAUCAAUCGUGCUUUACGAAGCGUAGGAGAAGGGAGGCUGAUUGGAAAAAACAUCCUUGUUUUACAAAUAAAUCUAUUUUUUAAACAGA